AUGGCGGCGGUGCUGGAGGCGCGCCUCUCCCUCGGCCCCGUGCUGAGCCCCCCGCCCGGCCUCCAUGGCUCCCUGGGCCCCUCCGGACAACACCAGCGUGUGGGUGUCCCAGAGGACCUAGCCGACAAGCUUCUCUUAGCAAACUGGGGCCUUCCCAAAGCCGUUCUGGAGAAAUAUAAUAGCUUGGGAAUGGUCCGUAUGUUCCAGUGGCAAGCGGAGUGCCUGAUGGUUGGACAAGUCCUAGAAGGGAAAAACUUAGUUUACUCAGCUCCUACAAGUGCUGGGAAAACACUUGUUGCUGAAUUACUUAUAUUGAAGAGAGUUCUAGAAACCCGCAAAAAAGCUUUGUUUAUUCUACCCUUUAUUUCUGUGGCAAAAGAAAAGAAAUAUUACCUUCAGGCUAUUUUCCAAGAAGCAGGUGUGCGAGUAGAGGCAUAUAUAGGGAGUAUCUCUCCUUCAAUCCGCUUUUCUGCCCUGGACGUUGCUGUCUGUACUAUUGAGAGAGCCAAUGGUCUGUUGAACAGACUUAUAGAAGAAAAAGCACUGGAUUCUAUAGGAAUAGUGGUUAUUGAUGAAUUGCAUAUGUUGGGAGACUCUCAAAGAGGUUACCUCCUGGAACUCCUACUGACAAAAGUUUGUUUUUUGACUGAAAGAAUGAAGAACAAACAGGCAAGCAUGGGCAGCCCUCUCUCUAACAUGAUACAAAUUGUUGGUAUGAGUGCUACAAUUCCUAAUCUGGACCUGCUGGCUUCCUGGUUAAAUGCAGAGUUAUACCAUACAGACUUCCGCCCAGUGCCACUUGUGGAACAGGUGAAAAUUGGCAGCAAGAUUUAUGAUGACUCAAUGAAAAUUGUGAGAGAAAUUCAGCCUCUGGUACAUAUAAAGAAUGAUGAGGAUCAUGUGGUGAGUCUGUGUUACGAGACAGUUCAAGAUGGCCAUUCUGUUCUUGUUUUCUGCCCAUCAAAGAACUGGUGCGAGAAACUAGCCGACAUCAUUGCCAGGGAGUUUUACAAUCUACAGCAGAAAUGCCUUCAGAAGACAUCUACCGUUGCUCCAGUUACACUAGAUACACAGAGGAUAGAGGAGUUGAUGGGUCAGCUGAAGAAUUCUCCUUCUGGCUUGGAUUGCAUGCUUCAGAGAACGAUAAAAUGGGGUGUUGCUUUUCACCAUGCUGGUCUUACGUUUGAUGAACGAGAUAUAAUUGAAGUAGCUUUUCGACAAGGAGUACUUCGAGUCCUAAUAGCAACUUCUACUCUUUCUUCUGGGGUGAAUCUUCCAGCCCGUCGUGUAAUUAUAAGAACUCCUAUGUUUGGUAGUAGAUUGUUGGAUGUGUUGACAUACAAACAAAUGGCUGGGAGAGCUGGAAGGAAGGGCGUAGAUACCAUUGGUGAGAGCAUUCUGGUUUGCAAGUCCUCUGAGAAAUCAAAAGGCGUUACCCUACUACAAGGCCAACUCAAGCCAGUGCACAGCUGUCUGGUGAGCCAAGAAGGAGAAGGGAUUACUUCCAGUAUGGUACGGGCAAUCCUUGAGAUCAUAGUAAGUGGAGUGGCAGACUCUCCAGAGGACAUCCAGCAUUAUGCUUCCUGUACACUUCUUGGUGCCAGUUUGAAAAAUAUGCAGGACAUUGAGAGAGAGGAAGAGAGAAUGUGUCUUGGGCCUAUUGAUGCUUCUGUGCAGUGGUUACUUGAAAAUGAAUUCAUCCGUAUUUCAGCCUCUGAUGGGGGCAAAGAAAUGUAUUCUGCAACACAACUUGGGUGUGCUACUCUGUUCUCCUCGUUUUCACCAACUGCAGCACUAGAAAUAUUUGCUGAUCUUCAGAGAGCAAUGAAGAGCUUUGUCCUAGAGAAUGAUCUACACAGUAUUUAUUUGGUUACUCCUGUGUAUGAAGACUGGACUAAAAUAGAUUGGUAUCGAUUCUUUUGCUUAUGGGAGAAGCUGCCUGUCUCAAUGAGGAGAGUAGCAGAGUUGGUGGGGAUUGAGGAAAGCUUUUUAGCCUUCUCCGUGAAGGGAAAGGUUAUUACUAAAACUGAGAAACAACAUAGGCAAAUGGCCAUCCACAAAAGAUUUUUUACAAGUUUGGCCCUCCUGGAUUUAAUAAAUGAGGUUCCUUUAAACUCUGUUGCUAAGAAAUAUGGUUGUAACCGUGGACAGCUUCAAUCUUUACAGCAAUCUGCUGCUACUUAUGCAGGGAUGAUUACUAUUUUCUGUAACCGACUGGGGUGGCACAAUAUGGAACAACUGCUCUCUCAGUUUCAGAGUCGCCUUACUUUUGGAAUCCAGAGAGAGCUCUGUGAUCUUGUCCGUAUAUCUUUGCUAAAUGCACAGUGUGCAAGAGCUCUUUACGAUGCUGGUUUCACCACAGUAGCAGAUGUGGCUAAUGGGACAGUUAUGGAAGUGGAAAAGGCUUUCAGGAAUGCAGCACCAUUCAGAAGUACUCGUAAGGCAGUGGAUGAAGAUGAAGAAGCUGCUCAGGAACGACUUCGUAGCCACUGUAUCUGGAUGUCUGGACUCAAGGGCUUAACCGAGAGUGAAGCAGCUCAUCUUGUUCUGGAGGAAGCCCAAACGCUCUUGAAGCAGGACCUGGCUGUUUGGGGAGUGCAGUGGAAACCCAAUGCUUCCCUUUUAUCAGAUGCAUCUGAGUUGUGUUCCAUAAUAGCAAGUGCCCUUGAAGAAGAGAUCCAUGGACUGAAUCACAAAGAAAUGCUCAGAACAGGCCACAAUGUGACUUCUUCUGGCCAGUGCGUCAGUUCUCAACCUGCAUCAUGUGCAAAAGAAAAAAAUAAGAGACUCUUAGAUAUUAGUCCUAGACGUGAAGAAAAGACUCUAGUAGAUGAGAAUACCAUAAAAGAAAGAAAUGCCUAUGUGUACUCUAGUGCAAGUAAACGGCUGAGUCUGGACAGAGAUAGAAAUGAUAUUAAUGAUGUCUCUGUGAAACAAACAUUGGAGAACCAAGGAACCGUGAUAAACACUGGACAGAAGACAAAGCCAGACCUGAGCCAUAUUUCUAAAAGGCUUCCCAUGGGGGCUAGAUGUAAGAGAAAGGUUGGAAUUAACUUAAAACAGAGUAGAUGUAAAAGCAACAUUGCAAAACCCACUGGGAUGUCACAAGCAGCAAAUAGGAGUGAAGCACAUAAUAAUGCUGAAAAUACCCUGAAGUAUUUUGAACAUACUGGAAGCUGUAACACCACUAAAUUGGAAGAAUUUGAAGAAAGUUUCCAGUUGGAUACUCAAACAAAUAAAAUAUUGCAACAACAGAUGGGAGGGGAAAUUGCUGAUGAACAAAGAAUCAGCAAGAGAGAGCUGGUAACAAAGCCAGCAGGGACAAAUGUUAUUUCUACAAGGUCUGCCAGCACUUCAGAAUCAGAAAUAAUGGAUUUUAUUUGCACAGGUUCAGCUAGCAAGUCAGGAAUUGAUAUUUCACAUGCCAAGGACAAGCUAGAGUACAGAAAGGUACAUAUAAGUACAAAAAAUAUAGCAGAAAGCAUGAAUAAAUUGCACGAGGUGGAUUCUAACAAAUCUCAAAUGAAGCCUGCCAAGAAAAAACAAGAAAAACCAGGCUGCCUAGAAAAAAACAGUUUUUAUGUUCUGGACUCUCAGUUGGAUAAUUUUUUACGAGACUACCAAACUCCAAAUCUAGAGGAAGAAGAAGUAUCUGCUCUGGAGAAGAAUUCCAUUUUUCUUCAAGAGAAAACACUUGCUUUGGAUGAAAAUGUACAAAAUCUGAAUAAUAGUGAUAGUUUGCUGUUUGAUGAAAGCUUUAGUGACAUGAAGGAGCCCCAGGCUGUUCAUGCUAGUGAAGGUGUUGCCAUGGAGGCCUUUCCAUCACAGCAGGUUAUGCCUUCCCCUUUCAAAUCUCCUUCAGAAUACAAUUUCCUAGUUGAAGAAGAUGUCGUGUCCGAUAAGCAUGGAUCUAAUGCCACUGUAAACCAAGAGCGGUUAGCAGGAUGCAACAAUGAAGAUUCUGUAAUUCUGUUGGAUAAUGAUGCUUCCCUCAUAGAAAGGUUAGAUACUAUGAUUGUGCCUCCUCUCCAAAGAAGUACUAGCAAGCUGAAAAAUCCAAACAGCGUAGUUAAUAUCAGAACUGAGAAUAUUCAAAAGAGUGCAGGUGAAAAUCCACUGAAAGAUGGUGUACAAAUAUAUGCUAACCUUGUUGGAAAGGUUGAUGGUCUUUUUGAUUUAAGUCCGGGAAUGAAAGAGGUUUUAGAUGGAUGGCCAAGUCCAUCAGGAGUUGAACCAGAAUCAGUUCCAAGAAAAUCCAUGGAAGUAGUGUUGAAGAAUAAUUUGGGUACAGCCACUGCGCCUGGCCAAGUUCAAUGUGCAUCAUCCUUUUGCAAUGAUUUUGAUAGCAACUACAUGCCUAUGGUGAUGAACGACCAGCAUAAGGCAUACUCAUCUUUGGUAAUCAACCAAAAUAGGCCAUCUAAUUUGACAGAUGGGAAUAGAAGGCCUCUUUCUCCAGUGAACUUCACCGAGGCUACUUCAACAUGUUUGAAACAGCCCUUUGGGAUACCAGCAAGACAAUUGAAUCCUAUGAACAAUGUGCCGUGUCUUCAGCGUGUACAGCACGAUACACUUGAGGGACACCUGCAGCAAAAAAUGGAAAAUCAAGAACACAUUGAGAUUUUACCUGAGGAGGAGGAUAACUCCAUUAUCUCUGAAGAUUUUUCACUGCAGUUAUCUCAAGAUAAAGUUUUGCCACCAUAUUGCAGUCCUGAAAAUUUCACAAUAAUUGAUGUGGCUAAUGAUAAGACUCUCUUUCAAACCUUCAUCAAAGAAUGGAAAACUAAAAGAAAAUUUGCUAUCUCAGUAGCUUGUGAACGAGUCAAAGGGUCCCAAUCCCACAGAUCUGGUAUUGGUGCCCAGUUCAAGCAAGGAAGGACAUUACAGAAAAUUCCUCACCAAAUCAACGGAUUUCCUAUUAAACCCUGUGAAGACGUAUUGGUAGUUGGACUGGCUGUGUGUUGGGGUGGAAAGGAUGCUUUUUAUAUCUCAUUGCAACAAAAACUCAAAGAAGAGAUUGAAAUAAGUUCCAGUUUAGCACCACCUUCUCUGGAUCAGAACCUAACUGUAGCUGAGAGGUUAGAAUACCUUAAGUCUUGCCUGCAGGAUUCCAAGAGAGCAUUUUCACUUGCUGCAUAUGAAUUCAUCCAGCACUACAAGACUCUACUGAAAGCCUGUGGCAUCUCUUUGGCAGGAAGUUUUGAAGACCCAAAGGUGGCAUGCUGGUUGCUGGAUCCUGGAUGUAAUGAGCGCUCUCUUCACAACAUGGUUGCCAGUUUCCUUCCUGAGGAAUUAUUCUUGUUGGACAAAAUUGGAACCGGCCAGGGGAAUCAGAGCAUAGGGCUCAAUGCCAUUGCAGAUCAUUCUGGGCGGUAUAGAGCUGCUGUGGAGUCUGUUCUUGUCUUCCAUCUCAUGGAUAAACUCAGUGCUCUGUUGCAAAAAGAUAACUUGCAAGAUAUUUUUCAUAGAAUGGAGAUGCCAAAUCAAUACUGUUUGGCGUUGUUGGAACUCAAUGGUAUAGGUUUUAGCACUGCAGAGUGUGAGACCCAAAAACAUGUUAUGGAAGCAAAACUAAGCGAGACUGAAAACCGGAUCUACCAGCUGGCAGGCCACAGUUUCUCCUUGACUUGUCCUGAUGAUAUUGCUGAGGUCUUAUUUUUGGAACAAAAGCUUCCGUUUGAUGGAGAAUCAAAAGUGCAAAGGGGCAAGAAAACUUUAGGCUACACUGGAAGAGCUGUGGCAAAUGGAAACCGGAUCAGAUUGAGCAAGCAGUUCAGCACAACCAAGGGUGUUCUAGAGAAAUUGAAGGCAUUGCAUCCAUUACCAGGUCUGAUUUUAGAAUGGAGAAAGAUCACGAAUGCAAUCACCAAGGUGAUAUUUCCACUGCAGAGGGAGAAGGUUUUAAAUCCCAUACUUGGAAUGGAGAGGAUCUAUCCUGUUUCUCAGACAAACACAGCAACAGGUCGCAUAAGCUUCAGAGAACCAAAUAUACAAAAUGUGCCUAAAGAUUUUGAGAUUGAAAUGCCAACCCAGGUUGAAGAAAGCCCACCUACUCAGAGACAACAUAAGAUGUUCAGUGCUCCAAGAAACAGAAAUCGAAGGCAUUCUGCACUGCCGUCUGAGCCAAAGAGUCUCGCAGAAAGAUUAACCAGUAUAAAAAUUCCAUUUGCGGUUAGCAUGAGACAUGCCUUUGUACCAUUUCCAGGUGGUUUGAUCUUGGCUGCUGAUUACUCCCAACUUGAAUUGAGGAUCCUUGCUCAUUUAUGUUGUGAUCGCCGGCUUCUCCAGGCCUUGAAUGAAGGUGCUGAUGUAUUCAGAAGCAUUGCAGCCGAGUGGAAGAUGGUGGCCCCUGAAGCCGUUGGAAAUGAUUUAAGGCAACAAGCUAAGCAGAUUUGCUAUGGGAUGAUUUAUGGAAUAGGAGCUAAAUCCUUAGGAGAACAGAUGGGAGUUGAUGAAAAAGAUGCUUCCUCCUACAUUGAAUCUUUCAAAUCAAGAUAUCCAGGGAUUCAAAACUUCCUGAGAGAGACAGUAAAGAAAUGCAGCCAAGAUGGAUUUGUGCAGACCAUCAUGGGGCGGCGUAGGUACCUGCCAACAAUUAGAGAGUCAAACCCUUACAAGAAGGCACAGGCAGAGAGACAGGCCGUGAACACUGUGGUUCAGGGAUCAGCAGCAGAUAUUGUCAAAACAGCCACAGUGAAUAUUCAGAAACAGCUGGAAGCUUUACCUUCAGCAGUGAAAUCCUUUGAACACUUGGGCAACUCUAUCCAAAAGAAAUGGUCAGGAAAAUCAGUAAGGGCAGAAAAGAGGCAGAUGACGUAUCCCAGGCAUGGGGGGUUCUUCAUACUGCAGCUCCACGAUGAACUUCUUUACGAGGUUGCAGAGGACAGCAUGAUCCAGGUAGCGCAGAUUGUUAAACACGAAAUGGAACAUGCUGUGAAACUUUCUGUCAAACUCUCAGUGAAAGUCAAAGUUGGGUCAAGCUGGGGAGACCUGCAAGAGCUGGACUUGUGAAUGAACAGACACAGACAUUUGUGCUAUGGAAAAAAAUCAUGACUUUGCCACCAGAUUCAGCACCUGUACAACUGGAAACAUUUUAAAAUGCCGAUACUACAGUUUAUUUCUCAACUGAAUCUUAACCUCUAAAAGGCCUCUGUAUAUUACCAUAGAUGCCCUGUUUCUGACAUAUCAUGAUUGUGUUUCUCUUUGAGAAAUGUUACAAUGUGUGUACCUGAAUAUAUUACAUAGCAAUACAUGGAAUAUGACUCAUCUUGUUAUACCACUGACACAGUGGAAUAUUCAGUACAUGAGCAGCCACUGUUGGUUCUCCUUACCUGUUGUAGGAUGUGGUGGGCUGGGUCUCACUGGUUGGCCUCUUGGUAGUAGCCUUUGUAAUGCUGGACUGAAAGUCUCUGCAAGUUUUUAUGUCUAUAGUGCCUCUUUACUUGCUUUAAGAAAAUAAAAUCCAACUCUGAGUUGGAUUUGCUGCUGUCUUUUUAACCAAUGAAUUUGUUUGCUUUAUGAAUUGUCAGAAGAUAAUUUAAUUCACUACUUUGUAUAUAAUAAAAGUAUAUGUCACAUUUUACUUCUGUAUUUGCUUUGAAAAGUGCUGUCUUGAGCAACGGAGGAUCUAAUCAAGCUGUAUAUUUUAAAUUAUCACUUUGAACAUCAAAGAUGAAUCCACAUCAAAUAAAUAUACAUACAUCUGUGUGCUAUAGGUUCAGUGUUCUAGUUAAACACAUGUUGGGCAGUAGGGCUUGUGAGGGGUGAGGGAGCCAUUUUUAACCUCAGGUAUUCAUUUCCCAGUCAGGGCCCCAUUUUUUCACUGCUUACAUGAAGCCUGCUUCAUGUGGUUCUGCUAGUAGGGGUGGUUCUGCUAGUAGGUCAAACAUCAGAGAGUAGAAAGGGCCUGCCCUUCAAGACCCCCUGUUAAAGAAGGGAAUGCCAGCUGCUUUUCCUGUGCCCCACCACUCACCACCACCUAUGUCAGAGCUUCUUGUCAGAGCCCUAAAUGGUUCUGGCCCAGUUUACCUACCCAAACGUAUCUCCUGUUACGAACCAAAACAAAGUCUAAGAUCAUCUGGAAAGGCCCUGCUCUCGAUCCCAUCACCAUCGCAAACGUGAUUGGUGGGGACGAGGGACAGGGCCUUCUCAGCAGUGGUCCCUCGCCUGUGGAAUUCUCUCCCCAGGGAUAUCAGAUUGGCCACUUCCCUCCUGUCUUUCAGAAGGAAACUCAAGACUUGGCUAUGGGACCAAACCUUCGACCAUUGAAUAGCAACAAGCAAGAAGAAGAUUUAAGCAACUGGCGACAAUAAAUUGACCCAAACCCGGCUUUGGAUUUUAAUUGGCGUGUUUAAUUAAUUACUUUUUAAUUAACUGUUUUAAAUGUAUUUGUUGAAUGUUUAUGUGAAAGCACCGAUUGUGCUUGCUGUGAGGCUGCCCUGAGUCCCCCUUCAGGGGUGAGAAAGGCGGGUUAUAAAUGCAGGAA